CAGGAGACAGACAGGGACUACAGGGACCCUGGAGGUAUUUACACUGAAGAGCAGGAGACAGACAGGGACUACAGGGACCCUGGAGGUAUUUACACUGAAGAGCAGGAGACAGACAUGGACUACAGGAAGGCUGGAGGUAUUUACACUGAGGAACAGCAGAUGACAGACAGGGACUACAGGAAGGCUGGAGGUAUUUAUACUGAAGAGCAGGAGACAGACAGGGACUACAGGAAGCCUGGAUGUAUUUAUACUGAAGAGCAGGAGACAGACAGGGACUACAGGAAGCCUGGAUGUAUUUAUACUGAAGAGCAGGAGACAGACAGGGACUACAGGAAGGCUGGAGGUAUUUAUACUGAAGAGCAGGAGACAGACAUGAACUACAGGAAGCCUGGAUGUAUUUAUACUGAAGAGCAGGAGACAGACAUGAACUACAGGAAGCCUGGAUGUAUUUAUACUGAAGAGCAGGAGACAGACAUGAACUACAGGAAGCCUGGAUGUAUUUAUACUGAAGAGCAGGAGACAGACAGGGACUACAGGAAGGCUGGAGGUAUUUAUACUGAAGAGCAGGAGACAGACAGGGACUACAGGAAGGCUGGAGGUAUUUAUACUGAAGAGCAGGAGACAGACAGGGACUACAGGAAGCCUGGAUGUAUUUAUACUGAAGAGCAGGAGACAGACAUGAACUACAGGAAGGCUGGAGGUAUUUACACUGAGGAACAGCAGGUGACAGACAGGGACUACAGGAAGGCUGGAUGUAUUUAUACUGAGGAACAGCAGAUGACAGACAGGGACUACAGGAAGCCUGGAUGUAUUUAUACUGAAGAGCAGGAGACAGACAGGGACUACAGGAAGGCUGGAUGUAUUUAUACUGAAGAGCAGGAGACAGACAUGGACUACAGGAAGCCUGGAUGUAUUUAUACUGAAGAGCAGGAGACAGACAGGGACUACAGGAAGGCUGGAGGUAUUUAUACUGAAGAGCAGGAGACAGACAGGGACUACAGGAAGCCUGGAUGUAUUUAUACUGAAGAGCAGGAGACAGACAUGAACUACAGGAAUCCUGGAGUUAUUUACACAAAGGAGCAGGAGACAGGGACGAUAAAGAGUGGAUUUGGAGCAGCUAUCCCAGGAAUCAAUACAUUAAGUCCCUGUGUCUACUUACAGACUCAGGUCAACAUAACAUAUUGCCUAAAGUGGGGAUAUGUAACCAUAUCAUCACUCCCAAAUAAACCCAUGUCAAAUUACACAGCGCCCAUCUGUUGUCUAUAGCAUACUAUAUAUAGGCUGUUCAUUCUAAACAUCUGUUGUCUAUAGCAUACUAUAUAUAGGCUGUUCAUCCUUAACACCUGUUUUCUAUAGCAUACUGUAGGCUAUUCAUCCUAAACACCUGUUUUCUAUAGCAUACUGUAGGCUAUUCAUCCUAAACAUCUGUUUUCUAUAGCAUACUGUAGGC